GCAGCGUACGUGCCGAGCUAAAGCCAUUAGCUUCCUCCUUCAGACUCUCCCCGGUGUGUGUAGCUGGCUGUCCCGCAUCAUGUUCAGAGCCGCCGUCCGUCUCUCGGUCUCCGGUGUCCGGAGUAUCACCCGUACACAGCCGGGAUGUCAAGCUCUUUUGGCCUCGAGGGGUUACUCGCAUGGGAAGCAGGAGACGGACGAGGAGUUUGAUGCCCGCUGGAUCACGUAUUUCAACAAGUCAGACAUUGAUGCAUGGGAGCUGAGAAAAGGGAUGAACACACUGAUUGGUUAUGAUCUGGUACCCGAGCCAAAGAUAGUGGAGGCAGCUCUGAAAGCCUGUCGGAGGCUAAACGACUUGGCGAGCGCUAUCCGAAUUUUGGAAGCUGUGAAGGUGAGAGAUAAAGGGCACCUUCUGUGUUUAAUUCAGGGAAUAUUGCCAACCAGCAUCUUUGCAGCUGGAGGACUUGAGUUAAUGAAUAAUGACCGUUUGACAUUUCCUCAGGAUAAAGCCGGCCCUCAUAAAGAUAUCUACCCGUAUCUGAUCCAAGAGCUGAAGCCAACAUUAGAGGAGCUUGGCAUCUCUACACCUGAGGAGCUUGGCAUUGACAAAGUGUAGAUGAAUCUAAUGACGGUGGAUAUCCCCAGGACACAGAACCCCUGACCCAAACUGUUUGCCCUACAUGAUACCUGUGAUAUUUAAUUGGGCCUUUUAUUAAGUUCUUUUGCUUGUAAUAUAUUCAUGAAUCUAAUAAUAAAUUAGAGUGAGGGUUAGUGAAUACUUUGGGAUAUUUUAAACAGUUUGAGUACUUGAACCAUUACACUCUAUUCAUUACAAGUUGCUUUAAUGUGGAGCAGCACUUCUCUGGUGGAGUGUGUCCGGGCAUCAUGUGACAGUCACAGUUUGCCACCAGGGAGCAGUGUUUUCACAUGAAUGUCAAAAUCAUUCUACUGUAUCAAUCUAUAUUGCAUCUGUUUUCAUUUCAGGGAAGAUUUAAUUGCUUGUAAAAUAAAGGUGUUAACAUGUC